AAUUCCAGCUUUCCUUGAGUACAACCAAAUUAAUGCCGACUACCUUCCUCAUUCGGUCCUACCAAAAACAGAAAGUGCUUAGCAGCGUCUUCCAUAGCAGCGAAGAACUAGAACCGGUAGCAGCCACCCCCACCGACGCCGCCACAACAUCUUUCUCGCGAGUCCUCGACACACCGAACCAGUGAAGUGUCGCCUUCAACGCCGGCCGGCUGAUCUACCCCAUUUGCCCGCAGCUCUCUCACCCAACCAAAUUUAGAUCAGAAGAAGCUUGCUGAUCCGAGAGAAACUCAACUUUCAUAUCGUUUGUCUGAUGAGUUGGCGGCGGAUAUGUUUAAAGAUCACACAAGAAAACUAGUAGAAGAAUGCUUAUCAAGAGCUGUUGACAUUCUGAAGUCCCGGAAUAGAUCAGGAUGUCCAAUCGAGGAGAACAUUCAGCCAUCCGCAGUCGUUUAGGUGCACGUGGAGGUGGUCGUGAAGGUGGUCGUGGAGGUGGCCAUGGAGCUGGCCAUGGAGCUGGCCGUGGAGGUACUACACGGGUGACCCAACCCUCACUGGAUACCUACUUUGAUGAUGACGAAACUCAAGGUGAAUACUCUGAAGAGGUGGUACCUGAUUCACAAGUAAAUGAAGAAGCUGAGGAUUCUGGAGUGGUUUGGAUGGCACAAGAAAGAGUAAUGGAAAGAAGCCAGAUUGGAUGUCUGAGAAAGUGCAUGCAGAUAUGAUGAAGCACGUGGAUGAUGAUGAAUUCAAGAAAAGAUCUGAGCAGGCUAAGAAAAAUAGAAGAGGGGGUUCAUUAACCAACAAUGUUGAACCAUCACAUUUCCAAGGUUCCAUUUCCACAACUGAGGCUGCAAAGAAAAUGGCAAAGGAAAGUGGAGGUGUGAUGCCUACAGCUGGUGACUUAUAUUUGAAGACACAUACGAAGGAAGUACCGGGUAAAGGGAAAGUCCCUUGUAGUAGCAAAGCAAAGCAAAUCAAGGAAAACUAUGAAAAAAAUGUUGCUGAAUGUGUUGAAAAAGGCAUUGCUAAAGAUCCCAACCAAAUCUACUUUGAGACAGUAGGUGGGAGAAAGAAGGGAAAGGUCCCCGGGCUGGGUAGUGGAGCCUCUCUAUACUUUGCACCAUCUAGAAGGGAUGGUAGUUCUUCUAGCUCAUACACCCCAUCUAUUUAUUCUCAAAUGUCAUCUCGAUUGGAAGAGACUCAACAACAGUUGACCCAAAAAUCCAUUGAGCUUGAAACAACAAAAAAUCAGAUGUUAAAGGCUAUGGAGGACGAUCUACUUUUGAGGCAAAGGGAGAGAGAAGAAAGAGAAGCAGAGCGACUAGAGCACCAAAGGGAGAUGGAAAGGGAGAGACAAGAGAGAGAAAGGGAGAGACAAGAAAGAGAAGAACAUGCCGCCUAGAUGAAAAAGGCAAUGGAGUCUUACGAGCGGAUGUUCAGUCAGUGUACUGGUUUUCCUUUCUCGCAGUCGCAGGACCCUCGAGAUCCAACCGGAGGCGGGACACCUUUGUGUUAGGUAGUUAGUAUUCUUGUAUUAGUUUGAACUAGUUACAACUUUUCGUAUUAACAUGUUUGAACAACAUUAUGUGUAUUAUGAAUCUUUGUUGUAUGACUUUGAACAUGUUUAAUAUUAUAACAUCGAGCAGGUUUCAUACGA